GAAGAUCGUGCGACAGCCACCGCCUGAAAGCCGAGAAGCCCACGAGAACACGUAACCGCUGUGGCCGCCGAAUCGACACCAAACCCCCCGAAACCUCGCAGCCAUCCCGCAGAUUCGAUCGAACCUUCCAUCCCCCUCCGACCACCCCGCGAAUCCUUCCCUCCUUCCUUCUCCGAUCGAAGCGGAGAGGAUCCUCGCCCGCCGGAGCAUCGUCCGGUGUGUGGCUCGGAGUGGGGGGAUCGGCCGCGGCGCGAACCCUAGGAGGGCGCGCCAUGAGGCCGAUCCGGCUGCCGGAGCCCCCCGGCGGCAUGGAGACGCCCGAGAUCUUCACGGGCGGCGCCGCCACUGUCGUCGUCCGCCGCGCGGUCGUCCUCGGCAACGGCUCCCCCGGCGCCGAGAACCAGUGCCUCGGCCUCGUCCGCGCCCUCGGCCUCGCAGACCACCUCACCCUCUACCGUGUCACCAGGCCACAAGGAGGGAUCAACGAGUGGCUGCGCUUCCUCCCCAUCUCGCUGCACAAGCUAGUUGACCAGGUGCUCAGGCAGUUCUUCCGCAACACGAGGUUUGCGCCGGUGGUUGAGGGUAGGAAGCCCUAUCGUGUCCCGAACGGCGGACCGGUUGGGCUGUCUUCUGUCCUGGAAGCGGACACCAAGAAGAUUGUGGCUGUGGCUCGUGAUACAUUCGACAAGGAAGGUCCAACACUAAUUGUUGCAUGUGGGUGGGAUACGAUAUCAUAUUCAAGCUCGAUAAGGCAUCUAGCUUCAGGCAAUGUGUUUGUCAUUCAGAUACAGCACCCAAGGUCUCGCCUUGAUAGGUUUGAUCUUGUGGUGACUCCUCGCCAUGAUUACUAUGCUUUGACUGCUGGUGGGCAACAAGAAAUUCCGCGCCUGUUCCGUAGAUGGAUAACUCCACAAGAACCACCUGGGAGGAAUGUGGUGCUAACUGUUGGUGCACUACACCAAGCUGAUUCUGCUGCGCUGCGCCUUGCUGCUAUAGCCUGGCAUGAUGAGCUCGCCCCUUUGCCUAAGCCAUUGCUAAUCGUUAACAUUGGUGGACCCACAGGGAAUUGUAAAUAUGGUGUAGACCUUGCCAGGCAGCUCAUAACUUCUGUGUAUAACGUGCUAGACAGCUGUGGGACUGUGAGAGUUUCAUUUUCUCGAAGAACGCCACGAAAGGUCUCUGAUAUUAUAUUUAAAGAGUUUGCUGGACAUCCUAAGAUCUAUAUUUGGGAUGGGGAAGAACCUAAUCCGCACAUGGGGCAUCUUGCAUGGGCUGAUGCUUUUGUUGUGACAGCUGAUUCUAUAAGUAUGCUAAGUGAGGCUUGUAGCACAGGGAAGCCUGUUUACGUCAUUGGGACUGAGUAUUGUAAAUGGAAGUUUUCUGCUUUUCACAAGACUCUACGGGAGCGAGGAGUUGUCCGCCCUUUCACUGGAUUGGAAGAUAUUUCAAAUAGCUGGAGCUACCCUCCCCUAAACGAUGCUAUUGAAGUAGCUACACGUGUUCGUGAAGUGAUCGCAGAACGAGGGUGGUCUGUGGGAUGAUAGGGACAGAUAGGUUGUAUUAUUAUCCAACAGUAAAUUAUGUAUUUUGAUUAACAUAGCCACAUGAAUUCGAGUUACAUUGUUCAAAGGAAGAAUAAUAUAGCCAUGGAAUGGCCUGUACAAAAGCCGAGCCUUUUCUUUUGGUGGUAUACCCCAAUUUUGGAACCGUGCACAGCACCCAGGAGAUCCUAUUUGGUUUGAGAUUUUCUUACCUCCUUUUGUACUUCUAACGCUACUGGAGAGAGGCCAACAUGUGAAGUAUUGGAAUUGAAACU